GUAUAUACAUGUACUUACUUGGAAGGGUCAGGUCUAAGAGAUAAUGUAAACUUCAUAGAAGAACUGAUAUUUAAGCAGGACAACAUGUUAAAGACAUUAAAAUUGAUAUGUCUUCUGUCUUUAACCCAAAAUGGAAUUUCUCCACAAACGCACACGUCUCUCAAGACCCAAUAUCUACAGAGUCAUGGCUUCGAGCAACUGGUCACAUUUUCCAAUCUGAAGUCCCUGGGGAUCGUCACAGAACAGGAGACCGGCAGUCAGGCGGGCACGCCACUAAAUAAGGUCGCGUCCGAUAUGGCCGCCAUGACACGCCGCAGCACAUUCCAGAGUCUGUGUAAAAAACUCUCUUUGAUACCCAAGUCAGAUGACAUUGAUCUGAAGAACCCCACCGACAUGUCCUAUGUGUUCAGUGGUGCCUAUACCCCAUUGUCCUGUAAGCUCGUGGAACAGGUUCUAACUAGAGGGGGAUUUACCGGAAUGGAUGAGAUCACAAAAUACCUCCCAGGAGGGGUGCACAGUGAGAACCAUGUCAAAGCAUCCAAAGACCACAGCACACCAGUCAAAGACAAAUCAGGUAAAUCGGCUCGACAGGACCGACCGGUCAGUAAAGUAGUGCUUGUCUAUUUUCUGGGAGGGUGCACAUACUCGGAAAUUACCGCUCUACGAUUCCUGGGCAAACUCAAAGGUUACAUAUUUGUAAUAGGAGCCACUGCAAUCAUCAACAGUUCCACCAUGUUGGAAUCGGUGAUGGAGAAACAACCUAUCUAGCCGUGGCGUUUAUAAAGUUUUAUGAUUUGUUAAUUUAUUUGCUGUUAUUUGUUGUAAAAAAGAACAUUGAAACAUUUGAAGUUGUAGAACUUAUAACUUUAUA